AUGGUGGAGACGUUUGAGCGAGAAACCGGCGGCGGCGAACAUAAACUGUGCGUCAUCGUCGAAUCACCGGAUAAGUUCUGCACCUCCAAAGAGCGCCGAGGGUGCGACUAUGAUAAUCCAAACGCCGGUUGGUCGCGAGAUGAGUACGACAUGUGCGUCGCACAGAUAGUGGUGCAAUACGCCGACGUAGUCCUCGUCGCGCUUCCGGGAAUGGCCGAGUGCGUCGAGCACGUCGUCAUGAUCCACGACGCCAUCGCCCGGCGUCGUCACGAGCCACCGCUAUCGAAAGACUUUCUUCUCGAUAAAUCACACGAUUACAUGGAUGGAACAUCGGGAAAAAGUAAAAAGCCAACCUCGCAAGAUUUCUUCCUCAGAGCGCUGCAGCGCAUAUCUGGCGUCACCGCCCCGCACGCGCGCGGCAUCGUUCGCGAGUACAAAUCCAUGGCCGCUCUCAUGUCGGCCUACGAAGAUCCGCGCACGUCGAUCGCGGAUAAAGAAAACAUGCUCAAAGACAUCGUCGGUGGGAAGAAUAGAUUCGGCGAGGUGAAGAGUAAGCGCGUGUACGAUUUCUUCAAGCCGCGCCACCCUGACGACCCGGGCGACGAAAUCAUCUCUCGCGAGCACGCGCGCGCGUAG